CCAAUAAGCUGAAGAGCGCAUUGUGAUGCUUUAUUUUGUUUGCCAAGUUUGAAACUGGCUCCAGUUCAGUUGUAGUUGUUUGUUGUUUAUUUCUGCACAACACGGACACAUCGGUGCGCUGGACCAUCAUUAGUAAAAGUGUACGUUUUGUCGAUUCGCAAACUAAGGUUAUUUAUGUGAUUUUUUUGCCAUGGAGAAACAACUGUUAAACUGCUACAAAAAGUCAAGAAACUUGGAUAUCGAAUUCGAAAAUGUUUGGCUGAGUGUAAAAUGGAAAAAUGCGUAUAAAAAGAUUAUUAGAGGAGUCUCCGGAAAAUUUAAGUCAGGCGAACUCACAGCCAUUAUGGGACCAUCAGGUGCCGGAAAAACAUCUUUGUUGAAUAUAUUAACUGGAUAUCAAAAAUCUGGUAUUCAAGGUAUUAUAAAAUGUAGUAAUGAAAGAGGAAAAAAGAGGAAAAAAGCUAGUUCUGAUUAUAGAAAUUAUUCCUGUUACAUUCUACAGGAUGACCACUUACUAGAUUACUUUACUGUUUAUGAGAUAAUGUAUUAUACUACUAAAUUAAAAAUUGGAGGGUUAUCUAGAGAAGAAAAUGAUUUUCUGAUAGACGAUAUAUUAUCAACUCUUGGAUUAAUAAAACAGAAAAGAACACCAUGUGGAAGUUUAUCGGGGGGACAAAAGAAGAGAUUAUCAAUUGCGCUGGAACUGAUCGAUGAUCCGCCCAUAAUGUUUUUAGAUGAACCCACAACCGGAUUAGAUAGUAAUUCUUCCAGACAAUGCAUAGAAAUGUUAAAAUCACUGGCCCAAAAAGGACGGACAAUUAUAUGUACAAUACAUCAACCCAGUGCACCGCUUUACAUGACUUUCGAUCACGUGUAUAUAAUGGCUCAAGGAAAAUGUAUAUAUCAAGGCUUGCCACAGAAUACAAUUUCUUUUCUUGCCUCAGCUGGUUACAUUUGUCCACAGUAUCAUAAUCCGGCAGAUUUUUUAAUGGAAGUAGCAAAUGGAGAAUAUGGGGAUUCAGUUGAUAUAUUGUCCCUUGCCAAAGAAAGCUGUUUAUGUAAAGUUGAAAAUGUAUUACAAUAUGACCAGAAUAGCAAUGAAACGUGGAAGAGAGAUAGCUGUCAUCCCUCUUCGUUCUACACGAAUUAUAGUACAAUAUCCGCAAGUGAAGGUAACUUUAUAAAGGAGCAGAAAGACAAAGAAAAAGAUAUGUCCAUUGAACCAGCUAUAAUAACACGUGAAAUUUUAUUAGAAGACCCCGAAUGUUGCAUUCGAAAGAAACCAUCAGAAUGGACACGGUUUCUGGUCUUGUUUCAAAAACAGUUAAUUUAUUUCUACAGGGACUGGACAGUUGCCAGAAUAAAACUUAUACUACAUUUUUUGGUAGGAAUAUUCUUGGGCGUAACCUUUCAAAACAGCGGAUACAAUGCAUCAAAAUUUAUCACUAAUCUAUCUUUCUUUAUGGUUAGCGUUGUAUAUUUAAGUUAUACCGCUCUCAUGCCAGCAGCUUUAAGAUUUCCCUCCGAAUUAAAGAUUCUAAGAAAAGAACAUUUUAACCGUUGGUACAAGCUCAGAACAUAUUAUGCCUCGUUCCUAGCAGCCGAUUUUCCCCUCCAGAUUUUGUUUACUUUGGCCUACACAAUAGGAUCUUAUACAAUAAGUUCACAACCUUUAGAGAUUCGCCGAUUUUUAAUGGUAUUUUUAAUACAUUCUAUGGCAACUUUAGUAUCUGCGGGCAUUGGAACUAUGUUUGGAACAAUUGUUAACCCAGUGAACGGAACAUUCCUUGGAGCUAUUCUCACAGCAGUUAACAUCUGUUUCGGUGGAUUUCUAUGUUUGUUCCCUCAAAUGAACAAUGUGAUGUAUUACUUAUCAAAUUUAUCAUAUAUGAGAUUCUGCAUGGAAAGUAUCUUGCAAGCUAUUUACGGUUUCAAUAGAGGAAAGCUAAUUUGUCCAGAAGAAGAAGAAUAUUGUAUGUUUACCAAUCCAAACGAAGUUCUGCAUGAAAUUGGUAUGGAUGAAUGCAGUUACUGGACGGAUUUUGGUUGGCUUAUAGUAAAUUUACUUGUAUUUAGAUUGCUAGGUUACUGUGCUUUAAAAUAUAAAGUGAAGUAACAUGUAUUAAAAUGUCGUUUUGAAGAUGUCAUACUUAAGUAUUCCUAGUUACAACUAACUUAAUAUAUUUUUAGUUUCAUUUGUAUAUAUAAAUAGUGUCUAAAUAUUUUAGAUAUUAAUCAAUCAACAUGCGACGAAAAAUUAAUUUCCUUGCCUUCAGUAAUAAUAUUAAAAGUAGAAUAAUCUAAUAAUCAGUGUACGAGGAAAUAGAAAAGCGCAAUACAUUUUUUUGAUUGAUUUUGAAAUAUUUAAACAUUAGCAUUAUAAUUAAUACUGACUGCGUAUUGUGAUAAGUUUUUAGUGAUUUAAAUAGUUCAAUUGUAAUUUUUAGUCGAGGAAAAAUGGUGAUAAAGUAAUUCAUUUUAUGUUUUAAGCAUCCAAUUUAGUGUAUGUAGGUAUUUAUAAUAAAUUAUAUUUAAGUGUUUAAAUGUGAAAACAAAUUUUUCAUAACUGUUUUAUAGUUAUGAUUUAUAUUUUUUUUUAUAUUGAAUAUUAUAUUUUGUAAAUAAAACAAUUUUGGUGUCUUA